AUGUUGAACCUACAUCAAUUUACAGGUCUGGCUGCGCUGCUCCUGUCCUUGACAUGGAUCGCGAGCCUUCUACGCGUUCGUUUUCGUCCUGGACUUCGCAACAUCCCUGGUCCAUGUCUUGCGGCAUAUUCGAGGUUGUGGAACGUAAAGAUUGCUGCUUCGGGAGAUGCACACGAGAGCUUCCGACGUCUGCAUGAGAAAUAUGGUAAGCUGGUUCGCGUUGGCCCGAAUCAUGUCGCCAUUUCAGAUCCAGCAAUGAUUCCAGUCAUUUACGGCACGAACAACAAAUACCUAAAGACUGGCUUCUACGACCCUUUCGCCACACCGUAUGCUGGAGAAUUAAUGCACAGCAUGUUCUCCAUCACAGACAUCAUUCAACAUCGGGCUCUCAAGAGGGGUGUUGCAAACAAAUACUCUCUAUCCUUCAUGAAGGAAUUUGAGCCUCAGGUCAACGACUGCACCAACAAGUUUGCUUCCAUCUUGCAUGAAUACGCCGACUCGAACCAGAUUUUCGACCUUGGCACGUGGCUUCAGUGGUAUGCAUUUGAUGUGAUAGGAGCCAUUACCUUUAAUCGUACAUUCGCUUUUAUGGAGGAGAGAAAAGAUAUCAACGAUAUCAUUGCUGGAAUUGAAGGCGGGCUUUGGUAUGGCAGUAUUUGUGGUCAAAUCCCAAAUUUUCAUCCAUGGCUGUUGGGCAAUGAGCCAGUAAUGAGCGUCCUUUCGGACAACAUCGCCGCAGUUGAGGCAGCAAACCCAGUUCCGAAGAUUGUAGAAGACGCGAUCAAGGAUUACGACACACAGAAUUCAGGCGACUCAGAUCGAACUGAUUUUCUGGCCUUGUUUCGAAAGGAGAGCGAGAAAUCACCGGACAACAUGCCUCACCGCAAUCUCAUGAACCAUCUCAUGAACAACCUGCUCGCUGGUAGCGAUACCACCGGAAUCUCUCUGCGGGCGGUAUUCUACUACCUGAUCAUGAAUCCCAGAUCGUACGAAAAACUUGUCAAUGAGAUCUUGCUCGCAGAUCGUGAAGGCAAAGCGUCAAAGAAUAUCACACUAGCAGAAAGCUCUCAAAUGCUCUACUUGCAAGCUUGCAUCAAAGAGGCAAUGCGUCUUCAUCCCGGCGUCGGCUUUCCGCUCGAGAGAUACGUCCCUGAAGAAGGACUGAAGGUAGAUGAUGUAUUCCUUCCGGGAGGAACUAUUGUCGGAAUGAAUGCCUGGGUGGUCCACCACGAUAGGAUCAUUUUUGGUGAUGAUGCGGAUGAGUUCCGCCCAGAAAGAUGGAUUGAGGCAAAGCCAGAGGAAUUAGGAGUGAUGGAGAAGUGUUUCCUGUCAUUUGGAGCCGGUACGAGGACUUGUAUUGGGAAGAACAUCUCGAUGAUGGAGAUGAGCAAGAUGGUGCCGCAAUUACUAAGAGACUUUGAUUUUUCGUGGGCUUCGGAACAGAAAACUUGGCAGAUAAAGACGUUUUGGUUUGCAAAACAGUCGGGCGUAUUUGUUCGGGUUCAUCCCAGGGCUAAGAAAGAGGUUAAGGAAUCUUUAUUAUAG